AUAAGCAAUAUACUUUAUUUUUAUCAUUAACAAUUCAAUCAAUUUUAUCAAUUAUUCAUAAAAACGAUUUAAUUGAAUACGACGUCAUGGAUCCAAAAAUGAUGACUGCAGAUUACGUUUCCAAAUAUUUAAGAUUGUUGAGUAAACUGCACGACGACCAAAGAGCAUUGGCCCCCUUAAGGGUUUCUAUUUUAUGUUCUCAGCACAAUCAAAGCAGUUCAUUAGAUGAAAACAAAUUUACAGACAUAGAAAACUAUUGUCAACACUGUUUAACUCCUUGGAAGCAUGGCAAUUUUUUUUUGAAAACUGUUCCAAAUCAAAAAAAUAAAAAUGAUAAAAUACAAAAAAAGCGUUCUACAAAGUUAUUUAAUUUGGUAGUGAAAUGCUUGGUGUGUUUAAAUACRACCAGUUCAAUAUACAAGAAGAAUAAAAUAUCAAAUCAAAAAUCUACUGAAAAAUUACCAAUAAGUUCAACACUAAAUAAGAGCAUUGAUAAAACAUCAAAAACUGAAGAAAAAGCUGAAACAAUAGUUAAUAGAAAACUAAAAAAAAAAAAAAGAACCCUAUAUGCUGGCUUAAACCCAUUAGUUUUUAAAAAUUUAAAUAAGAACAAAUAGUAGUAGUACAAAUAAAAUCUUUUGUAGUUUUGUGUAAUUAAGACUUCUGGUAGUUUAUUUUAAUUUCAUAAAUCAUAAUACAGAAUGGUUUGAAAAUAUUGGCUAAAUCUUGGGUUAAAAAUGCAAAAUUUGAUAUUAUUUAUUAUGUAAUUUGCUAGAAAUUUUUUUCCAUUAACCACUGAAAAAGUUAAAAGUAAUAAUUUAUUUGGCUAUUUGGAAAACCUCAUUUU